AUGAAAGAUGACAAUAUAAUGGACAUAGAGAAAAAAAAAAAAAAAUUAAAAAAAAAAAAGGAUAUCAUAAAGGGUGAUAAAACAAAUGGCUUAAAGAAGAAGAAAAAGAAGAACGCAAUACUAAGUAGUAACGAUGAUGAUCUAUUUGUUGAACAAGCCAUGAAACAAAUAAAGUUACUUAAUGGUAAGAAAUCAAAAGAUGGAAUAACUGGAAGUAAAAAAAUAAAAAAAGAAGGUAAAUCUCAAAAAGUUGAUAAAACAAGUAAGGAAAAGGUAAUAAAGAAGUUAAAGAAAAUGCUAACCUACAAUGAUGAUAAUGGUAUGAAUAUAAAAAAUGUUUUAAAAAAAAAAAUACUAAAAAGUUUAAAUUUAAAUAAUAACAUUUACAAUGAUGAAAAGGAGGUAUCACCAAAGUUUACUGAAAAUAAAAAACUUUUAAGAGAAAAAUUAAGAAAGAUAGAAAUAAAUGUAGAUAAAGAAAAGAAGGGGUGGUUGGAAAAAUUAGACAUGACUUGUUCAGAAAAUUUUUAUAUAAAAAAAAUAAAUUAUUUUGGAAAAUGUGAUAUAAGAGAAAAAGAAUUAAAAAAUUUUGCACACACAAAUGUUAUAAAAUGUUUACAAAAAUUACAAAAUUUAAAUAUUCCAUUUAAUAGACCAUAUGAUUUUUUAGCAGAAAUGGUAAAAAGUGAUAUACAUAUGGAAAAGGUAAGAGCCCAUAUUUUAAAAAAUCAUGAAAUGUCUGAAAUUAAAGAAAAAAAUAAAUUAAAAAGACUUAAUAAAAAAUUUAAUAAAAAUGGUGGGUCAAUGAAAGUAUUAGAUCAAAAAAAAGCUAUUGAAAAAAAAAAGAAUCUUGAAAAAAUUGAGGAACUUAAAGACAAUCUAGAAAGUUUAAAUGUUCACGACUUUUUCCAAAAACAUUCAAAAAAUACAGAUCAAAAUAAUGUGAAAAAUAAAAAAACAAAAAACAAGUACAUCGAUAAAAAUAGUAAACAAAAUAGUAAACAAAAUAAUAGAAAAAGUAUGGGCAAGUCAAAAAAUAAUUUUGAUAGGGAUACAAUAAGUAAGCCAAAUAAAAUGAAGCGUAAAUUUUCAUCAAAGGGAAAGAAGGGAGGAAAAAAUCGAAAAAAGAAAAAGUUUAAGAGACGAUAA